AUGUUUAUAAAAUGCCUACUACCUUCAUCGCUCCUCUACGCCCUCCUCAGCAUAAUCCUCCUCAACCUCGUCGCCGCUCAAAUGAUCACAGACCAAGAAACAAAUCCGAACCCGAAUACCCCAGUAGUGCCAGUAAAUAAUGCAAACACCGGUAUAGUGGGUGACGACUUCAACAGCCUCCCUAGCGACCCAACAGACCCAACAGACCUCCCAGACGUCGAACCUGUCCCGCAAAUCUCAAACCAGCAAGUCGAUACAGACCAACAAGCCGCGAUCAGCUUUGUAGCAGGAACAUCUGGUGGUGUCCCAACUACGCAAGAAAUUGCAGCCGAAGCAGUUCUGCAAAAUCAAGAUCUGGGGGUAGGAAACGAGCCAGUUAACAAUGCAGCUGUGAAUAUCAAUACCCAACAACAGGCGCCAGUUACAGAGCUAGUCCAACCUCUAUCGCCCUUGAGCCCCAACGAUGAUAGGAAUUUACCAAAUAUACGUCUGUCUAAUGCGCCAACUACUGGCGCAUACCCCACUGGGAACGCCCUGGUUCAGAGAAUAAUACCACCGAUGCAGAUAGUCGAAGAAAUAUACAGAACCUAUGCACCAAAGCUUGAAGAAGCGAGGGCUAGAAGGUUUCCGGGAGGAUAUCCUGGUUUGGAUGUAGUCCCUGAAGAACCGCCACAAGAUAUAUGGGAUCAAAGUGCUUACACUAGUAUCAUCAUAAGACCAGAAACGUGGCAGAUAUUCUUUAAUCAAACUACACAAUUUGGAUACGGAGGAACCGAUCUGGUCGAAUAUGUCUGGUGGGCAUGCAGUAAUAUCCAAAACUAUAGGAUAUCAUUGGAACGCUUAAUAGUACCUUUGGGCAGCUAUCUCAGAAGAAAGAAUCCUGCGCUUAAAGACCGACUAGACGAUAGCUGGAGGAAAUUGGGUAGAAUGAUGAGAUAUGUCAGUAAUAGAGACUCUGACCCCGGUGUUAAAGCGACGAAUCCGGAGUGGGAUCGUCUAGGACUUUGCGACUCUCGUGGAGGUUAUUUGGGCGCGCCGACACCUCAGCAAUGGAAGACUAGCAAGAAAGGGCGCGACGAGCUCAAAAACGCAUUACUGAAGAAGCUCUUAGAGUAUCAAGAAUUGGCACCUCGCGAGAUACUUCUAACGGACAGCCUAUUCGUCGACGCUUUCUCCAUGAUAGUCGCCUCGCAAAGGGGUAUGGUCACCUGGCUUACCGACGACUUUACCCCAUUAAUCCGAGAGAUUAAUGACUUUUGCUGCAAAAACCGCGAUUUACUCGCUAACUCUAACAUGCGACCAGCCGGUAUCUGGGACCGUAAAACAAUGGGCUACAAAUCUUACUGGCAUGAGAAGUAUGGUAAAAUAUAUCAUUACGUCCCUCAGAAUUUCCCAUAUUGGCCUGCAUGGGAUAGGGCCAAAAUUGAGAAAAACCCUGAAAUGCUAGAAACAUUGAUUUAUGCUACGCAUGCUACAGCUGCGGGUCUCACUCGUGGCGCCCUUUCAUUCCUAACAGAACUUUUUGUUGACUUUUCUGCUAAAGUAUGGAAUUUGGGCCAAUACGCGGGGCUCCCGGACCCUGAUUUUGGCUAUGCCAGCGCUAGCGGGUAUAAAGGUAGCAAUAAACUUGUUACCUUUACCCUUUCUCCGAAGUUUAUGUUGGGUGCUGCGGAGAGAGGGAAUUCGCAUUUCUUGUAUGGUCCGGUGUAUCCAUCCGAGUCUCCGGUUGGACUAGAAAAUUGGGACGACGCAGCAGAAAUUGAGAAAAAUAGCUGGAGAGAUAAAGAGUUGGCAAAGUUGAAGGAAGAUAGGGAUUUAUUUGAUAAAGAAAAGGCAGCAGAACCGGAUACGGUGCCUUUGUCGGGGCUGUCGACUGGAGCUAGUACGCCACCUCAAAAGCCUGGGAAUGCCCCUGGACAGAAAUUAGGAAACAAGGGAACAAAAUAUAGAGCGGUUAAGAAGCCUUAUAGAUAG